UAGCGCAACGGAGUUCAACAUCGAUGUAUCGAUAUUAAAGACUCCCGGGGGCGAGGUUUUGAGACAAUAGUUUCUGAGUGAGGUUACAUGGACUCAUUGAAAUGUCGUGGCUCCUCAAACAACGAACUUACGAUUAGCUCAGGGAAGCAACAUCCGUGAGCAACGACAUCACAAUGCGCAUGUUGCUGCCACUGAGAUUGGUUUUCGUCGCAGCAGGUUUGCUGCUGGCAACUACCAAAGCAAAUGUUCAUUUGCAUCUACAUUCUGACACUGCCAAACAUUUUGCCAUUGGUGAACGUGAACAAGCAAUUGCUGGAAUGGAAGCUAGCCUUUUAUCUCUUCUUGGUUUUGCUAAGAGGCCAAAACCACAAGGUCCUGCUUAUGUUCCAGAGUCAUUAAAAAAACUUUUUAUCAAACAAAAUACAAUUGGUACAGCUGAUAUUGCAAAACCAGGAAUACAUGCCAGAUCUGCUAAUACAGUGCGUUCCUUUUCUCAUGUUGAGAGUAAGGUGGAUCAUAAAUUUCAAUCUCCAAAUCGCUUUCGUCUUUUUUUUGACUUAAGUAGUAUUCCUUCAGGAGAAAAAUUACAAGCUGCAGAAUUAAGUCUUUCUCGCGUACCUAUUUUAAAUCAAGAUGAUUCCAAUCCAAAAUUGGGUAGAAUACUUAUAUAUGAUAUUUUACGUCCUGGUGCAAAAGGAUAUAGUUCACCAUUAUUACGUUUAAUUGACAGUAAAUUAAUAAAUACUAGAAAAAAUGGCACAAUUAGCCUAGAUGUUCAUCCUGCUGUAGAAAGAUGGAUAAAGGAUCCCAAAAAUAAUCAUGGACUUUUGGUGCAUGUACGUGGAGUUAAACAGGAGCAUGUACGUUUGAAAAGAAACACAAAUGAAAGAAAUGAUACAUGGGUUGUUAAUCGCCCAAUGUUAUUUACUUAUACAGAUGAUGGCAGAUAUAAAAUGUCUUCUGCAAGUCAAAUAAUGGAUCGCCGUGCUAGAAGAGCAGCACUUCGAAAAAAUCGUCGAAAAGAUGGACGUGAGAAUUGUAGGCGACAUCCGCUUUAUGUUGACUUUGCUGAUGUUGGUUGGAAUGAUUGGAUUGUUGCUCCCCCUGGUUAUGAUGCCUUUUAUUGUCAUGGUGAUUGUCCCUUUCCAUUAGCAGAUCAUUUAAAUUCUACCAAUCAUGCAAUUGUUCAAAACUUGGUUUAUUCAACAAAACCAAGCAUGGUGCCUAAAGCUUGCUGUGUACCUACUGCUCUUAGUUCAAUAUCCAUGCUUUAUCUCGAUGAAGAAAAUAAAGUAGUAUUGAAAAAUUAUCAAGACAUGUCUGUCCUUGGAUGUGGAUGUCGUUAACUAUUCAUUAAUUGGUUCAACAAAUUAUCCUAACAGUGAAAAAUGCAUGUGCAAUAAAAAUGAAAAUAGAUAAAAAGGUAUUAAAAGAUAAGAAACAAAGAACUAAGAUUUCAAUAAUGCCAUAAAUAAUGUUAUAAAUAAUGUUUUGAAGAUGUUGAAUUGUUUAUUAAAUAUUUACACAAUUGAGGCAUUCUUGGAGGAUUUUAUAAAUUUAUUAUGUAUGAAAAUUUUACUUAUAUGAUUAAUUGUUAAAAAUUCAGAUAAUUCUGACUGCCUAACUUAUUUUUUAUUCACAAAAUAAAAUAAAA